AGAAAUUUGUUAAGAAAGAAGAGAAAGGAAAAGAUCCCAAACUUAGUCGCCUCUUACGAUCAUGCAGGUACAAUUUGUACGCCCUACCUACAGGGCAAAACCCAUACCAUUGCAAUGGAAUAGUGUUAUUUUUAUUCCCCGCACGUUUUAAGUGAGCAGGGGGUAUUACUUGUGGAUCGUCCGUCUAUCUGUCCGUCAGUCUGUUGUCAAACUCCCUUUCCUUCCUUGUUCAAAAUGACACACAAUUCUUAAAUAUCAUUUAAAAUAACAUUUGAACUUCUAAGCAAGUUCAACAAGUUCCUUUUAGCUGAAAAGUGGUAAGAAUAAAAAUGAACCAGGACCAGGAAAUAGUAUGCCGCUUGCGUAAGCAGUCGUAAUACUGAUAUCAAAAGAUACUACAAUGAUAUCAAAUAAUAAUAUCAAUAACGUGGCUGCUGUCAGAUAAGUAUUAUUACCUAUGCAAGUCCUUUGAAACUGGACGUACCAACCGGACCGAACCGGUCCAACUUGAGGCGGUCCGUUUUCUGAAGCGUGUCACCUAGAUCCAAGAUAAUGGGAGUGUGAUUCUUGUUUUAUCGAAAUGUAAAUUAAGUUACAAGGCAAACAUAAUCUGACAUAACUUUUGUGUAAUGAAGUGGCAAAAAAUGUAUGGUGGCUGAUUACGACCAUCUCUGUUAGCGCUUUGGCGUGUUGACGCGGUUUGAAAUACGCGACAUUGUGAGUAAAUCUCGUGUUGUCGCGGUUUGAGAACGCGCCAACACGAGCGCCAACGAGCCAAUGGUACAAAUCAAUGAAUGUUCCAACUAUUCAGAUAUUAAUUGUAUAACAUUUGUGUUGAAUGAAAAUUAGUUUUUGUCUUGCCUUCGACGAAAGUCGAAGAAAGCAAGACUGAUAUGUUGCUUAUUUCGACGGCCGCAGAGGCGGUGGCGACAGUUGGGUUAAAGUUCUCUUGUGACACUGCUACAUGCAUUGCUAUCAAAAUCAAUUGAAAUUUGGCGAUAGCGAGAUUAUUGAUACUAUCCCACAGAAAACCUAAUUAUAGAUUCAUACUUUUGAUUUGUUUAUCAAUUUUGUCAUAUUUUUAUAUUUCUAGUUUUAUUAUAUAUACAAUAUCAUUGUCAAUACGUUAAAAUGCCAUUACUUAAUCCACUGUAGAUUUGGUAGAAAAUGGGUGACGUUGUUUUUGCUGUUGUCGGCAGGCGUAACAGGAUUUGUUGUGGCAGCUUUACAAAUAUCUGAUUUGGAAAUGAAGGACACCCUGAUUAACUGGUUCGCCCUUGCAUCAAAGAUGGGUGUGGGCGUUGGCUGGGGAACACUGAUCAUCUUAUCUACGGAGACAUACCCUACUGUAGUCAGGAAUAUUGGGUAUGGAAUGCUGAACUCGUUUGCUAGGAUUGGAGCGAUGGUGGCGCCACAAAUAGUAUACUUGAACAGCUACAUACCAGGCGCCAUGUACUUUAUUUUUAGCGGUGUAAUGGUCAUAUCAUCAAUCGGUAUGUAUUUCAUCGAGGAAACAAACAAAAAACCUAUCGAAGAUGGUAUAGCAACAGACGAAAAGGGUAGAAAGGAAAUGCGGAAUGUCCAAGGACUUGCGAACGAAGCGUUUGAUACCAGACUGUAACAUAAUCUCAUCAACGUGUUUACAGGAACAUGUAUUUGAAGCGUCUGAGUCUCUUAGAUGUCAAUAAUGCCAAACGACAGCCAUGACGACUUCUAGGAAAGUUGAGACUAUAGUGAUUCUAAGUGUGUUGUAAUGAUUAUAAAGUAAAACAAGUGUAUCAUGGGUGAGAAACAUGAUUACUUUUAUUAAGCAGAAACUUUUGGGUACAAAUCUGAACUAUAUAUAACAGUGUAAGGGGUGAAUAUACAUUGUAAAUAUGUAUUUGAUAUAUGUUGUUAGUAGAACAGUAUAAAACUGCAUGUAACCGCAUUAAUGUAGGGAAUACAUGAAUAUUCCGCUACUGUGAUGACACAUGUAGGUGACAUACCCCGUGGUAGCCUGGGUCAUGGUAUCUAACAGUACGAUAUACAUAUUUGUAGGCAGAGUAACAGACACCAGGUCACAUAUAUCCUGACCCCAGAUUUUCAAACUGCGGCUGGUAAAUGCAUAAACAGCUUAACAAAAUAACAAUAUCAGCAAACUAGAUAUGAGUGCCUAUAUAAAUCAAAACGCUAUCCACAGAGAUCCAACGUGUUAACUUACAGUUAAUAAAUACAUUUUUUACAACGUACUGUAAAUAUUCAGGCAUACUUUCUCUUAAAUAGAUUUUGUAAGUUCUGUAAAGUUAAUAAGAUUUUAGUGUGAAUUGGUAGUGAUUACAAUGUGCUGUGUAACGACAUCCGUAUUAAUUAAUUAACCGGACGAUUUUUUAUGAUGAAUGACGGAUAUAAAGUUACAUAACGAUGCAUCAUCAAUGCAUUUGUGGUGAUUUAAAACAGCUUUCUAUGUGUAUAUUUUGUUCAAGACGAUCAAUUGCUACAGCAAACUGCGUGCAUAUAUGUAUUGCUAUCAUUGCACAUUAGAUAUGGAAAAAAUGAUAUUGUGAUUUGCUCUUUGUGAAUCUAUGUCUACUACAGUUUAUAUCACGGUAUGUAGUAGGACACCACUUACUACGCUGAAAAAGUAGACAUUAUUUACAUUAAUGUCGUACAUUGUGUUAAUACAAUGUCCACAAUCCUCA